AUGUCUAAUGAACAGGUCUCAAAUGACCAAAAGAUGCAGGAUCCUUUAAUUUCUCCAGACUAUCUAAAGCAGAUGGCCAAAGCGCUCUCCACCAAGACUAAGCAAGUUCACCCGUAUGAAUAUCACGACACAGAAGAGUUUUAUCUAGAGAUCGAUGAGUUCUUUAGCUAUGGAGAGGUAGCUUCAGAUCUACAAGCAUGUCGACACGAUUCUAUAGAUUCACAUGGACCAUUGUGGAAGAAAAAAGAUGCAAAUGAACGUGAAGACGAGGUUAAAGAUUUGCUUAACCAGCUUGAAUACACAGAACAAGACCAGCGCCUAAUUGCCUUGAAGAAGCUCCUAUUGAUCUCUUUAGGAGACAUAAAAGGGGAAAUGACAUUUUCAUUGUUAUGCAAAACUGGAGCAAUGACGGUUUUUUUUCAAGCAUUGAAACGCAGUUAUGCUUCUUUACACACACUUGAGUAUGUCAAUAAACCUAUGAGCCAUGUAUUUGGCCUAAACUUAAUCAAAAUCAAAAGUCAGGGAAAGGUGGAUCAAAUCACUCUAGAAAAUACUAUCAAGGAGGUUAACCAGCUACAAUCUCUGCUCUAUAUCCUGAUCGAGUAUUGUCGUCAAAAAGGGCUGUUCUCAGAUGGAAAAGUGAAACUGGACUCUGGAUUCAUCGAGUUUCUCUUCAGUGAGAUUACAACCUUGAAAGAAAAGUAUAUUCGUUCAUCGCUAGUGAAAAAGUGCUUAUUUACUUUGGUGGAUCUAAAAAACUUAAGCAAACGAGGGAAAGAGCAAGAGAGCGAUAUGGACUUUCUCGAGAUGGUCGUGGAAAACCCUGUAACUAAAUGUUAUCCAGAGGACUUUUAUCUGUUUCAAGAGGAUAUGAUCGAAAAGUAUUCAGCCUUCUCGACACCUGAAGUUCCCGAUAUUAUUUCCAAUCCACGGUCUAUCAAAACCACCCCAGAACUAUCUGAAGCUAUGGGUAUUAGUACAGCCAUCAAUCAAACUGAUUUACCGUACCAAACUCUCUUUCCUCCCAAACAAAAUCAAGUAUCUCAAACAGAAAAUCAAGAAGGAUCAUCAGAACAACCAAUACAAAAACAACCAAUGCCAAAAGAGCUUACUACCGUAGUCCUCCCUGUGACAGAAAAUGGUCCUAGCUUCCCAAAAAGUCUAAAGGAUGCUGGUGAGAUCUAUCUCGCUAAUCUACAUAUAUCCUUGGCGGAUUAUCAGAUGAUUCACGAACGUGAAGAAGCAAUCAAUCGAUGGCAGACACUAAAAUCAUUAAAGGAUGGGUCAUCUAAUAGGGAGACUGUCAAUGAACCCUCAGAUGAAACUGUGGAGGAUAGAGUGGAGACAGUUUAUAGAUAUAUAGUCCCUCAUUUGCAAACUAUAGUUAUUGUAUUUUUAAAGCUGUUGCUUUUAUCAAUCAACCCGGCCAAAACAGGAGAGCGUUCAGAAUCUCUUACAAUUGAAGAAGCAGACAUGUUCCGUGAUAAAGAAAUCACAGCAAAGUCAGUGUCGGCUACUUUGUGGUUACUGUUAAAAUGGUUUAAAGCGUCUCAGUUAAGAACACAACUAGAUGUUUUGAAAUACGAGUACUUUUCCCAACUUUUGGUCGAUUCCGGAAGUAUGUUGCUCAUCCUAAAGAUCCUUGGCUUACAAGAGAUUACUUCUGUGGUGGCGACUAUUUCAGAUGUGGAUAAAUACAGCCUCUUGACUCAUCUAGGAUUACCAAAGAAAGAUGAACAAACGGAUGAUGUCGCUUUUACCAAUAAGAGAAACAUGUUUUGGACCAUCAAUCUUUUAAGGAUUCUUCAAAUUCUAUCUAAGCGCAAGACAGCACGCAUUUUAUUAUUGAUCCAAUACAAGUCUUCUGCAAUAAAUAUGAAGAUUGUAUCUGCCAUUUAUAUGCGCUGUCAGCCUUUACUUCGGGAUGACUGGUUGGUGACUGUUGACUCUGAAAAAGAAUUAGAAGCUGCCGAUGCACAAGAAAAGCAUUUGAGAGUGUUAAUUCAACUAUAUCAUGGGCAACAUUAUUUGCCUGAAAUGCUCCCACCUGCAGACGAUUACAGUAACACUGAGGGUGGAACUUUUAGCAUGACCAGAAUACGAGGGGAUCGGGAAGAUUAUAAUCUCGAUGCACCCAUAUCAAUGACAGAGGUUGAUCUGGCGCCUGAUUUUAAGGAAACAUGCUAUCGCUGGGUAGAAGAAGAACUGGAAUCAACUGACGAAAUUGAGACGGAUAAUCGCGAUGCUUGGGCCAUUGGAACACCUAUACCUUCACCAAACGAACCUAUCUCUCCGCGUCUGUUGGCAGCAGAAAUCAACAAGCUCUAUCAUGAAGAGCUAGAACAAGAGUUUAAGGUUGAAGCUCCUGUAGUAGUGGAAGACGGGUGGGAUGCACCUGCUCUUGUGCCACCAACAACAACAGCUACGGCAGCCAAGAUCAAAGCAAAAUAUGCAGGCAAUGGGCAUGAUGACUAUGAAAACGACAGUGACAGUGAUGAGGAGGUUCAAGAUGAUGACCCUCUUGGAGAUAUUAACUGGGAGACACUUACUGAGAAAGACCUGGUCGACCGACUGACAAAAGUUGAAGAGAAUACAAGUCGUAGAUGGUUGAAUAUUGAUAUUAAUGAUCCAUCGUAUCUCAAAGUACUGAAUACCUUUGAGGGAGAGCCUUUGGAGGAGCCUAUCUCUGAUGACGAUUGGGAUAUAACCCCUGAUAAACCCUUGGGAGAAUCGACUGACGAUGGUUACAAUAACAUUGUUGACGAUACUUGGGAAGAAACUUCUGAAGAUUCAUGGGAUAGACCCGUAAGAAACCUUCAACAACAGUCAGAAAUAGACGAACAAGACUUUGAGUCAGGAAACACAUGGGAUAAUACUUCAGAAAACAGCAUAAAUAGCUCAUGGAAUAAUUCUACCAGUCAGUCCAAUGAGGAUAACUGGAGCUAA